CUUCAGCAUAUUUCUAGGUUUUCGUCUUCUCUUCUUCAAAAAAGUUUUCUUUUGGAUGUUGUGAUUUUCGUGGGAAAUGGAAACCGGAUCGCCCGCAAAAGGUAGAUUCAAGCUCUAUGAGAAGUUGGAAUUGCAGGAAUUCCAGGAAAAGUUCGUUAUCAAAUCCAUGGAAUCUCCAAGUCAUGGUUUCUCGAUCGAUCGCCAUGACGGAAACAUUGAGCCACUUGAUGAUGAUGAUACUAACGCUCCAAGUCCAUCCAAAGUCUCGACCAUAUACGGGGUUGUUGGAACAAUCAGAUUGCUCAAAGGAACUUAUAUUAUCGUGAUAACUUCAAGGAAGGAAGUUGGGAAUUUUCUUGGUUUCCCAGUAUAUGGAGUGACGUCUAUGAACUUUUUGUCCUGCAAUGAGGUUUUGAAACAGUCAACUUCACAGGAAAAAAGAGACGAGGCGCACUUCUUGACUCUCUUGAAAACAGUGGAAUCAACUCCAGGGCUUUAUUAUUCUUAUGAAACGGAUAUAACAUUGAACCUGCAGAGAAGAUGGCAGUUAGCUGAAGGUUGGAUAACUAAACCCAUUUGGAAGCAGGCUGAUCCUCGAUUUGUUUGGAACAAAAAUCUGUUGGAUCAACUUAUUGAGCAAAAGCUUGAUGAGUUCAUCAUUCCCAUGAUACAAGGAAGCUUUCAGACUGCACAGCUGAAGCUAAAAGAGUCACCUGCCACGCUCACACUAGUUUCAAGGAGGUGUACAAGGCGUCUAGGAACAAGAAUGUGGAGAAGAGGAGCCAACCUUGAAGGAGAUGUAGCUAAUUUUAUUGAAACCGAGCAAGUAGUGGAAGUUAAUGGUCUGAGAUCCUCAUUGCUGCAGAUUCGAGGCUCAAUUCCACUUCUUUGGGAGCAAAUAGUUGACUUGAGCUAUAAACCACAACUCAGAGUUAUUAACCAUGAGCAGACGUCAGAGGUUGUGGAACGUCAUUUUCAUGAUCUUGUACAACGGUACGGAGAGACAAUAGCGUUAGACCUAACUGAUAAACAAGGUGAUGAAGGUCAGUUAAGUGCAGCAUUUGCUUCUGAAAUGGAGAAACUGCCAGAUGUGAGAUAUAUCUCAUUUGAUUUUCAUCAUAUAUGUGGAAGUUCAAACUUUGAUAAUCUACGCUUUCUAUGUGAUCAAAUCGCAGAGGAUUUUGAAAAGCAAGGAUACUUCCUCGCGGACAUGGAAGGAAACAUUUUAGUAGAGCAGAAAGGGAUUAUUAGAUCUAAUUGCAUCGAUUGUCUUGAUAGAACAAAUGUCACCCAGAGUUACUUGGCCCAGAAGUCUUUAAAUCUACAGUUGCAGAGAAUGGGAGUACUUAAUUCUUCUGAGUGCAUUUCUAUGUUUCCUGAGGAUUAUGGGAAAUUUAGAACAAUGUGGGCUGAGCAAGGUGAUGAGAUAAGCCUUGAAUAUGCUGGGACUCAUGCUCUAAAGGGGGACCUGGUUAGAUAUGGAAAACAGACUCUAGGUGGACUAAUUAAAGAUGGGAUGAGUGCACUGUCCAGAUAUUAUCUGAAUAAUUUCCAUGAUGGGAUUCGGCAGGAUGCAAUGGAUCUCAUUAGUGGCCGAUACAACAUCAACAGAAAUGGCCCUUCUCCCUUCCAGCUGAAUGGUUUUGAGACACUGUCUUAUCUCCCAGUAGCAUCAGCUUUGGUUGUUGGAGGUUUGACACUAACAUCCUUAACAUUUCAGCAAGUGGGUCGAAAUGCACAACAGUUUGUGUCUUCGGUACUGUGGGCCGGAGUGGCAGCCGGAGUAAUGGCAGUCGUGAAAGCUAAUGGAAGGCAGUUUUGUUCUAGACCUCGCUUGUGCGGCCUCCUGUAAAACUCCCUUUAACCUUUUGAAGGAAGUAUUUGGAGAAGUUACAUAAUGUAUCAUCGACUUGUUAUUGUGAUUUUUUAAUCUUACGUUGACUUUGAUUGCAAAUCCAGCAACAAGACGAAUUCGAUUUGGCCCACGUUAGACUUGCUUUUGUAAUACACAAGGGACUUUGUACAGAAAAGAAUUGAGCGAUAGAAUUUGGUAAAAGUGUAAAAAACCACUUUGCAGAAAAAAUAAAUGCAUAAGUUAUUGUGAGAA